GGGUCACGUGACGCUGUACGUCAUGACGUAGGCAAAGAGGAAACAUGGCGCUCCCCUCCAGCUGUCGCCUUUUCGUGGCACAAGGACUGUGUGUGAGACGGACGAUAAGUCAGGGAGUGAGGAGCGUCUCUGUGUUAGGCUUAGCCGAGUGUAAAGCGCAGCAGCAGCAGCGGCGGUUAUCGGUCACAUCGCAGCUGCGCGAUUUUAGGCAACGAAGGUCAUUUAAAUUACGCAGAGUCGCGUCAUACAGUGGUGAAGAGGGUGAGCGCGAGCGCACAGUUUACCAGCGUGCAGUGUGGAGUGUACUGGCGUUCUCCCUGUUUGGAACUAAAGAUGAAAGAACGGAGGCCCAGAAGAUGGAGGAUGAAAUUAUUCUCCUGUUAAAAAAAGCAAAGUACAACAUGAUGCUCGGGGAGCUGGAUGCGGCGAACAGCUUCUUGCAUAAAGCUAUUCGACUCGCCCAUCAGAGUCACAACAAGGACGCCAUCAUCUAUACCUACAGCCUGAUGGCCAACCUGGCCUUUGUUCAAGGUGAGCUGGAUAAUGCUGAGAAACUGUUUAAAGCUGCAAUGAGUUUCAUGCUGUCUGGAGGAACACCACAGGAUGAUAAUGCUGUCAUCGAAAUGUCCCUGAAGUUGGCCAGCAUCUACGCCACUCAAAACAAGAAUGAGUUGGCAGAGCAUGGUUUCGAGUUUUGCACUGAGUCACUGGAGGCCAAAAUCGAGAAGCAGAAGGAUCUUUCACCAGAUGCUAUAUCAGCAGAUGAGGAACGGAAGGACACUCGGCUGCUGCUUGGCCUCAGUCUGGAUGCCCGUGCUCGGUACCUGGCGUCCUCCCGGCGCCUGACGGGAGCAUGCAGGGAUUACCGCCAGGCUCUGCAGAUCUGCCAGGAGGAGCAAGGAGAAGCCCAUCCUCAGACGCUGGUCUUGAUGAGCGACCUAGCCACAGUGUUGGACUUACAGGGGAAGCAUGAUGAGGCACUGGCUUAUGUCAAGAAGGCUGUAGAGCUGGGCCAGACAGCAGGCCACCCUGACCAACAUGUGCUGCUGGGAAACAUGGCAGGCAUUUUAAUGCACAAAGGUGAGUUUGAGGAAUCUGCCAAGAUAUACGAGGAGGCUUUGGUCCUGGCGCAGGCGGCUGGAGAUGCUGAGGCUGUUGAGCAGUUGGAGGAAGGACUGAAGGAGCUGAGAAAGAGGAGAGAGGAACAAAAACAGAGUGUGAAUGUGGAGCAAUCAGCCGAGCAGUGAUUACACACUAAACACUCCUACUCUGGAAUCAUGAACACCUUAAAUUAAAUGAUUGAGCCAGGAGGAAGCACCAGAUUGAGAUUGUGCACCAGAUCAUUCAUC